UAUACUGGUGGUCUGGUCAUAGACACACACUACAACGGCCAUGGAAGGAGGUGCGAGGGAAAAGGGUUCUUCGCCUCCAUUGAAGCCCCGCUCCAAGUUCUCCGUCUACCAGAACCCAGCCUUCUCCGCUGCACUCACUGCCAACAGUCUCCAGCCUUCCAAAUCUACUCUCCUCCGCUUCUUCUCUCUCUCCUCCGCCUCCGCUCUCGCUCUCCUCGCCAUUUUUUCCAGGGAAUCUGGGCUUGUAAGCAAUUUGAAGGUCAAGAUUUUUUCACCACAGACAUCCUAUUUAUUUGUCAAAUUAAUAGAGACAGUUGUGGGUUGCGUAUUUAUUGGCACCACAUUUGCGCUAUUCAAAACCAUAUCACGGCGCCGAGCAACUGUUGGGAUACUACCAGCUACUUCUUCCUUGAAGGAAACUAAGGAUCAAGUGCAGCUUACAAAUCGUCAAUUAGGACUUUUGGGAAUAAAGCCAAAUGUUGGACAAACUGUAUCCGGUUCUUCAAAAAAACCUCCCAAGUCUAAACCCUCUUCGGAUGUCCUCGUUCCACUUCAUCAGCCGAUAACCACUCCCAAUCAUUCUGCUCGAAGCAGCACAGAUAAGUUGAACUCCAGUGGGGGAAAUAAGAUGCGUCCUAUCAGCAGCCCUUCCAAGUCACCAAGUUCAUCAUCUUCUUUGUAUCUAGUUCCAGGAUCCAUCUCGCCUAUGUCUUCUGUGCAAAAUUCACCAGGUUUGGAUUCACUGGUCUGUACACCCUGGUCUAGUAAGAGACACUCUACAAAAGAGAUAACUUCAGAAGAAAAAUUUGAACAAUUCUUGGCAGAUGUGGAUGAGAAAAUCACUGAAUCGGCUGCAAAAUUAGCUACUCCGCCACCAACCAUCAGAGGCUUUGGUGUUGCCAGUCCAAACACCAUUAGCACUUCAGCUAAUACUUCUGGAACAGCGAGAAGCACACCAUUGAGGUCUGUGAGGAUGUCCCCAGGUUCCCAGAAGUUCAAAACUCCACCUAAGAAAGGAGAAGGUGAGCUUCCUCCGCCUAUGUCCAUGGAAGAAUCUAUUGCAACAUUUGAGCACUUAGGCAUCUAUCCUCAAAUUGAGCAAUGGCGUGACCAUCUUAGGCAGUGGUUUUCUUCUGCAUUGCUUAAUCCUCUUGUAAGCAAGAUUGAAACCAGUCAUAUUCAGGUAAUGCAAGCAGCUGCUAAACUUGGUGUGUCAAUCACAAUUAGUCAAGUGGGUAGUGACUUACCUUCUAGUGGAUCUGCUACUGUGUCAUUGGUUGAUAGGAGUAAAGAAUGGCAACCAGCUGUGACUCUUGACGAAGAUGGACUUCUGCAUCAGCUACGAGCUACUCUCCUCCAGGCUAUUGAUGCAUCCACACCUAGAUUACCUCAAGCCAGUCUGCAACAGUCCCCACAGCAGAAUGCCUUAGUACCUGUAAUGCAGGAGUGUGUGGACGCCAUUUCUGAACACCAGAAGCUUCAAGCAUUGAUGAAAGGGGAAUGGGUUAAAGGUUUGCUCCCCCAAAGUAGUGUUCGGGCAGAUUAUACAGUACAAAGAAUUCGAGAGCUUGCUGAAGGCACCUGCUUGAAGAAUUACGAGUAUCUUGGAAAUGGAGAGGUUUAUGAUAAGAAGAACAAGAAAUGGACUCCAGAGCUUCCAACUGAUUCUCACUUGCUCUUGUAUUUAUUUUGUGCUUUUCUUGAGCAUCCUAAGUGGAUGUUACAUGUAGAUCCCUCAUCUUAUGCUGGAGUCCAAUCUAGCAAAAAUCCCUUAUUAUUGGGAGUUCUACCUCCAAAGGAAAGUUUUCCUGAGAAGUACAUUGCUGUUGUACCAGGAGUCCCUUCUGUUCUUCACCCUGGUGCUUGUAUACUGGUUGUUGGAAGGCAAAGCCCUCCAACUUUUGCCUUGUACUGGGAUAAAAAGUUGCAGUUUUCACUCCAGGGAAGAACGGCAUUGUGGGAUUCCAUCUUGCUCAUGUGCCACAGGAUUAAAGUUGGCUAUGGAGGGGUUAUCCGGGGCCUGCACCUUGGUUCGUCAGCCCUCAGCAUCCUUGGUGUUCUUAAUUCAGAGACUGAAAACUGAGAUGUGCGGCUCCAAUUUUGCUUGCAAGACAUCAGCAACAAAGAAUACAUGUUUGGCUGAACGAUGUCGCCUUAUUUUGUGCUGAACUCGCUAAACCAACUAAAGGAUCUCUUGAAAUAUGAUAGGGCGGGGGUUGGCUUCGAUACUGAAGCUGAUUUGUGACGAUGAGGAUUUUAAUGAAAAAGUAGAAGCAUUGACCAAUUUGUACAAUCCUGUUACAGUACGUCUGUAAAUUAUUUGACCCUUUAAAAGAACACUAACGUAAGGGUGCCUGCAUUUCACCUGUUAGUUUAGAUGACUUUUUAAUACGCUUUCCCCUGCUGAAAAAGGUCAAUAGAUUUUGCAUUUCAUUUUAGUAAAAGUUUAACCUACUA